CGGGGCGGGCGCGGAGCCGCCCCGGCCCCUUUGUGUGCGCGGCCGCGGCUCGGGCGCCGCCGCCAUCUUGUGCCGGCCGGGCCCGUGUCCGCCGGGGCUCCGCGGGGCAGCGCCGGGGCCGCGCUCCUGCACGGAGCGGGCGAGCGGAGCCUCCCCGCGCUCCCCCGCCCGGGGCCCGUCCCGCGGCCGCCGCUCGGCUCCGUCCGCUCGGCGUCUCGCAAGCGGAGCGCGGCCGCCCCGCCCCGUCUCCCCGCCCCAGCCCGAGCGCCGAUGCCGCCGCUGGAGCGGCCCCUGCCCGGGCCGCGGGCGUAGCGGCGGGCGCGGCCAGCGCCGCUCCCCGGGAGGCGGGCGCCCGGCGGGCGAGGAGCAUCAGGAGAGCGAGGCCCGGCCCCGCGGAGCCGCCGCCGCCGCUGCCCGCCCCAUCAGGCGAGCGGCAGGAGACCCGCCCCGGCCGGCAGCGAGCCGGGCCGCCGCCGCAGCGCCAUGAAGAUCAAGGAUGCCAAGAAGCCGUGUAAGGCCGGGCCGGGGGAGGGGGCGCGGGGCCGCGCGGCGGGCGGUGCCCAUCCAUGGAUCCGGGAGAUGCCCGCAGAGACGCGUCUCGCUCCUCUUUCCCAUGGUUUGGCAUGGACAUUGGGGGAACGUUGGUCAAACUUGCCUAUUUUGAACCUAUUGACAUCACUGCAGAGGAGGAGCAGGAGGAAGUGGAAAGCCUGAAGAGCAUCCGCAAAUACCUGACUUCCAACGUCGCCUACGGAUCCACUGGCAUUCGGGAUGUCCACCUGGAGCUGAAAGACUUAACCAUUUUUGCUCGAAGAGGAAACUUGCACUUUAUUCGGUUCCCAACUCAUGAUUUGCCUACCUUUAUCCAGAUGGGAAGAAACAAAAACUUCUCAACACUACACACGGUGCUCUGUGCCACCGGCGGUGGCGCCUACAAGUUCGAGGAAGACUUUCGCACAAUUGGAAACCUCCAGCUGCACAAACUGGAUGAGCUUGACUGCCUUGUCAAAGGCUUAUUGUACAUAGACUCUGUCAGCUUCAAUGGCCAGGCAGAGUGCUAUUAUUUUGAAAAUGCCUCAGAUCCCGAGAGAUGCCAAAAGAUGCCUUUCAACCUGGAUGAUCCAUACCCAUUGCUGGUUGUUAACAUUGGUUCAGGAGUCAGUAUUUUAUCAGUCCAUUCCAAAGACAACUAUAAAAGAGUAACUGGAACAAGUCUAGGUGGAGGGACCUUCCUUGGGUUAUGCAGUUUGCUGACAGGCUGUGAAAGUUUUGAAGAAGCUCUGGAGAUGGCAUCCAAAGGAGAUAGCACACACGCUGACAAGCUGGUUCGGGAUAUUUAUGGUGGAGACUAUGAAAGAUUUGGUUUACCAGGAUGGGCUGUAGCAUCCAGUUUUGGGAAUAUGAUCUACAAAGAGAAGAGGGAGUCUGUCAGUAAAGAAGAUCUUGCUAGAGCCAUAUUGGUCACCAUCACCAAUAACAUUGGCUCUAUUGCCCGGAUGUGUGCAGUAAAUGAGAAAAUAAACAGAGUUGUGUUUGUUGGCAACUUUUUGCGUGUGAACACUUUGUCAAUGAAGCUUCUUGCAUAUGCACUGGAUUACUGGUCAAAAGGUCAGCUGAAGGCCUUGUUCCUAGAACAUGAGGGAUACUUUGGAGCUGUUGGUGCUCUGCUUGGGCUGCCAAAUUUCAGUUGAGAUACCAGAUGUCACUACACUGAACUAUUUUCCACCUGAACGAUGCUUGUUUAUGUCGAUGGGAAUCAAAUCUGGGGAGGGGAGAAGAAAAUAGUUGAUUUUCUGUAACUCUUUUGUAAGAAGUGAUGAAGCUACUGAGUAUUGCUGUUGUAAGGAACGGGGUUUCACUCUGCUGGGCAUUGGCAAGUGAACUGUUUGUGGCUAUUAUUUAUGUUCUUGGGUACGUGUAGCCAGUAGUGAACUUCUAAUAUGCAAUACAUCCUCUGAAAACAACUUUCCAGAAAUGCCAGGAAAAGGAAUGCCAAACCCUUAAGUGCUCAGGAUGCAAAUAUUGCAGGUUUAUUCCCAAGGCUUUAGGCCCAUCAGUUUAUAUAUAGAAUUGAUGACCGAAUAUUUCUUUUCAUUAGUUAUACUGUUAUUAUCAGCACAAGUUUUAUGUGUGCUUACAGAAAACAAAAGACAGCCAGGUACUAUUGACAAGAUGAGGAAACUGUAGACAAUUGCUUCCCACAGUAAACACAGUAAUUAUUUUAUUUUUAUGUGUAAUGGAAAUAAUAUUAAUGCUUUAAUUUACAGUGGAAAGAACAGAAACACAAAGAAUCAGCCAAAGCAGCAGAUUAAGCAGUUGAUAUUUUGAAGGUUUCAUGAAGAUACCUUAAUUUAUUGGAAGCUGGUAUUUUGGGAAGAUUCCUCUGUCUUUGAUGUGUUUUAGAAACGAGUUCAGUGAUUAAUGAAGGCAGGUUUUGGGGGGGGAAGAUUUUUUUAAGGGUUUUUUUUUUUUGGGGGGGGGACAUGACUUCCAAAAUGCCUUCUGGAUUACUUGUUUUUUUCUUUUUUGCCUCACAAAUUCUGCCAUCAUGAAUCAUCAUUUGUAAAGGUACCCUAAAGCCUGAGAGAAUUGAAGAAAUCUUUAUAAAAUAGACUAAUUUGGGAUCUCAUAAUUCUGAUGCUUUGGCUUAUUUCUGUAGAGGUUUGGAAAAAAUUUUGCCCCAUCCUCCUGAUUUGAAGUUGUGAUUUCCCUGUAAUUUUGUAAGAGUUGAUCAAAAUUCAAGCAGAUGAUGAAGUUGAAAGGUUACUUUUGGAUUUGGAAGUUUGAUUUUGGAAGUUGAGGACAACAUCAGAGUUUGUAUUGCAGCAGCAAAUGGACCAAUAUUUAAUGCACUUGCAAUAUGGAACCAUUCAUCAAAUUGUGGCCUUGGGAUAAAAUCCAUACUCUGGAACUGAUUUUUGGGGUUUUCUGUAGAGUUUUAAAAUUUACAGUUGUGAUUAUUACAGUAACUUCAGUCCUGAAGCCAGGGCAUGAGAUCUUAAACUUACAGGACUAUUACAGAGUCAGUAGCUAUAUGACUUUUUGUGGACUAAAGCUACCCAGUUUUGUGAUAUUUUCCUGUUCAAUUUAUUUCCUGUAGGUGCAUGAGGAGCAGCCAGACUCAAACAUGUUCAUGUCUUGGGCUUUAAGGUUUUUAAAACGGAUUGCUCAAGUAUUCCACAGCAUGGCUGUGUUGUAUUUACAGAUACAUCCCCCUUGUGUUAGAAACCCCUGUGCUAUUUUCACUCUUCUCUUUCUUAAAAUUCAAAGCCCCAAACUAACAUCAUAGGUUUUUGCUUUUCAAAUUUUCUGUGGUCCUUUAAGAGUACAGUACCUUAGAGUAGGCAACUCAUGAAGUGCAAUGCUAAUCACAAAUGCAGUUCCAUUUAUUGUUGCUUUUCCUGGUACUUGUACUACAUUUCCAUUGUGCUUGCUUUGAUGUUUCACUAUAGACAUAAACAACUAAAAAUUACACUCACAGUUCAGCUGAUCUAAUGCUAAAUCAGAGCACUUCAGAAAAUGAGUGAAUACACUUUUUCUAGAAUGUCUUUAUAAAUGCUGUAAACUGUUCCUUUUAAGUUAGGAUCGACUAUCAAAAGUAACCUUUAUUUGGUUAUAAAACUGUGUAUAAACUUAAUUUUCUGAAUGUUCUGGCAGCCUGCUGAAAAUUUUGCAAACUAACUGCAUAUUUUACUUGCAAAGGGUGCUUUAGGAGACUUACUACAGCUCCAUUAGAAACAGUUCCUUUAAUCCAUGUUUAUUGCUACUUCACUUCGUUUGUGAUACUCAGAGUCCUCUUGAAGCAGUAGUUAGAAGCUACUUGUGUAUUUAACCAAAAGCACAUAUAGAAGAUGAUUACUUAAUACCCAUAGUUCUUUAAACCAAUUGAAGUUGAUGUGACCUAACAUACAUUUUUUUUAAAGUAAACUGUACAGAGUUACAAAACAAGCAAAUGGAGUAAUUCUUGAAUAGCUGUACUGUAUAGAAACUACUGUGAGAAUCAAAAAGUAUGCCCUACCUCUGUUUUAUUUCCCUUGAGCUUCUAAAAGAAUUGGCUUCCUGUUGCUAAUUUUAUCAGCACAAUUGUUACUUCAUUACAAGAGCAACCACAGCAGUUGUCAAGCCCUACUGUAAAGCCCAGGGGUCCCAUGUUUAAGCCACAUCUUUGGGUUUCAUCUCAUUUUCUGUCAGCUUAGAACUUGUUACCAGAGUCUCCAAAGAUUGACUCUACCACCAGGAGAAAUGAUAGGCAUCACCAAUAGUUGCAAGAUAAGCCUUACUGUAUUUUCUUCUAAAUUCUCUUGUAAACAGGUUGAAAAUGCUUGUUUCUUUUAUAUGAGUCACUGAAGUAAGUUGCUUUUUCCUAAGAGAGUCUGUUUUUCCUUUCACCCUUGCCAUUUCUUUUCCUUAGAGCUAAUUGGUUGAAGCAGCUUUAGGGAGAAUUGAUUCAGAGUGAUGUACUACAGUAGAGAAAAUUUGGGGUUUUCUCAGGACUACUGUUGUCUUCUCAAGUGGAACCACUUUGUAGAGGAAAGUUCUGUGAUAGUUCUUGAAAGUAAAAUGUAAGACCCAUUUUGAAUGUGUAAUCAUUUGCAGCUUAGUCAGCCAUGUGAGUGCCUUUUAAUUUUUUCAUAGAAUGCCAAUUUUAUGGUACUGGGACUUUAUCCAUGAGGUUUCCUAACCAAUAUACUUAUCAGAGAAAUAGCAGGUAAUUUUAUUGGCCAUGGAGAUGAUCCCUUGAAUCUAGUGGAGCAGAAGAUACCAGGAAAAAAAUCAAGUUUAGUCUUGGGGUAAGGAUUUUGCAUUUCUUGGUCUUACCUCUCCAGCUUGGUCCUUUCAAGUAUUAUGCACAGUUUUAUUGUAUCAUUAUCUCCCUAAAAAUCAUGCAAGUUUAUAAUGAGAUAAGUACUGUUUAUUUCUAGGUAGAGAAGUUCAAUCUUAGGUGAAGUUAUUCCAAGCUAUUAAAUGUAACCACUUUGACCUUUCCGUGUCUACUUGGGUAAUUGCAGUUUGAAUGAAAGGGGACCUCUCACAAUACAUCUUGAAUAGUUAACAGGCUGGAAUUAAAACAUCCUCAGUGUUCUUUACUGAACUGAGCAGAGGUUUAAAUACAAACAAGUUUUCAUUCUUUUUAGUAAAGUCUUUAUACAUUUAGCAGUUCAGAGAGAAGCUGCAGUGAUGCACCCUGUGUCUUAGUUUGCUCAGGGUUUCCAGAGUAUGUUCAGGUGUCUGCCCUGCCUUUUGAAGAUGUUUAAAUCCCUCAAGCACUUGUGUGAUUCUGCCAACAGGUGCUCAUAAUUGAGAGUUACAGGGUGGAAAGCAGAGAGACCACCCACGUUGUCCCACUUGGCCUCAGCUGCAUAUUCAAAAGCUCUGGCUUCUCCUGGUGGAUCAUCUGCUCCUUCAGUGGUACUGUGACAUUCCUGCUUGCACUUGAGUUGGUAGUACAGAUGCAAGGUGCCUGUAAGGGCUGUAAUACUCUUUUGCCUCAACCCAAUACAGAUUUUCAGGAAACACCUGCUUCCAGAUCCGUUGAAAUAACUUCUCAUUUCUAAGUAUUUCAGAAUAGCAAUGGGGUUUUAAUGUUUGGAACUGAUUAAAGGGUCUUUCAUCUAGAGUAGAUCUCUGCUAGAUUAGAUGGUAUCUUUCACAUCGAGUCAAUAAUUUUCAUUAAUGAAUAAAUUUGCAGUCAACCUGUUUUUAAAUAUCACUUCCAUUGUGGACAUUCUGGAUACCACUGUAAUCCUGAGGAAGCAGUGACUUCAGAGCAGAGGCAAAGGUCAGUGUGGUUCUGUUGAGCUAGUUCUGGUCAGUUCUAGUUAUAACAAGACUAAUUCUUCCCCUUGUCACUUUUUUUUUUUCUUAUCUGCAUCUUUUUAUGUAGGCUUAAAAACCCUAUAAUAAGUAACAGAGCUUUGCUGAGGUUAAAAAGUGAACAAACAUCUGUGGGCCAGGUUGGAAGUGUUUGAGGAAGGCCUGUCGGUCCCAGUGCAGAGCUGGGGACACUCAGUUUCUGUUUGGGUGUGGUAAUUUUCUCACUUCCUGUCAAUGCACAGUCAGAGCUGGUGGGUGUCACAAUCACUGUGAAUAAAAUGGAAGAAUUUAGUCCUCAGACAUGACCAUGGGAGAUUAAAAAAAUGCAUUUUCACAGUGUAGAAGGAUAAUUCCCGCUCAAAGUUCUUUAAAGUUUUACAGAUGUAUUCCAAAGUACAUCACCAGUAUUUUCUCAACUGUGGUAAAAUUAGUAAUUCUCUAAGUUAACAAAAGUCUGCAAAUAAGCCUGUUUUAUUAGUUUCAUUUGCAUCACACAUGGAAAGCAUAUUAAGUAUUCUUAAAAACUCACUUUUGAAAACAUCUCAGAUGAUGCUGUAAUAUGUCUGUAAUUAUUAAUGUGCAAAUGGAAUAUGUUUGAGCAAUCUCAGUUUGCAUAACUGAGUGUCAAGUCCUGCUCACUCUCUAGUUACUUCAGUAAAUCAUGCUUUUAAACUAAUGAGUGAGAUUUGACCUCAAGGUCUUCUGCCUGGGGAACACAGUAAUGCUACUUUGCAUAUUCCUGCUGGUGCUAAAUCAUCUGUUGAAAAUAAAGAUUCUAAAUAGAAAUUGUAAAUAAAAUAUUUAUGGCCUGGUCCUUUUGACAGACUUAAAUUUUAUCAUUUGCCAAUACUUUUUGGCCUUAUUUUGACUUUCCCUUUUGGGUUUGGUUUUUUUGACUGCGUGGACUGUGUGUGUUAAUGUGGCAAGUCAUUGGCAGGUGUGGCUUCCUGUGCUGCUUUAUGUGAGGCCCGUGGCACAUUAGGAGACAGAUGGGAUUUCAUAGCUGGAUUUCCAUGUUAUCUUUCAUCUUGUUUUGUUACUGUAGCUCUUUGCACAAAUUUGUGUCAAGUAGAACACAAUUGGCAUUUGUUCUCUGCUAAAACUUCCAAGAAUGUCAGCCACUGCUGAAAGUGUUUAGGAAAGCUGUUGAAAAGUCAGAAACACCCAUUUAAAGUCAUUUUAAAAUCUAAAUGUACUAAUUAGUGUCGCCUAUAAAAUGAACUGGAAUAUAGAGUGCUGGUUGCUAAUCUUUGCUAUAAAUUGCUGACAUUUCACAAUUCAUAUUUCUGGCAUCAGUUUAAGAAAUUGUAAAUACAGGCUUUGGGAGGAGGUGUACUAGUUUCAGAUUGUGCAUUAUGAAAGACUAGUGAAUUAGUAUUUUGAGACAUAAAAUUACAACAGCUAGAACAUGAAAAUUAAUGUUUGUGUUAGGGUAUAGAGGGCUUUAGAUAACCUGCACUUUUACAUUCUUGAGUUUUGGCAUUUUAACAAAUAAACAUUUAACUUUCCAUUUACUGUCUCACCAUAUGCAGGCCUUGUAAUCACCAGAUGCUGUCUUCAAGUACUUGUUUUAGUUAGCAAAGCAGAGAGGCAAAUUUGUAACUUGUAAACCCUGGUAGGAUGGAAAUUCUCUGAAGAGCCAUUUGGUUAAGUUGCCUUAUUCUAUUACAUUGCACUCAUGGUAUGUCUCUGCUUCCUUGUUUACUGUUCAGACACUGAAGAUGUGAUGUAAAAAUAUGUGCUACAAAUUUUUCAUCAUAAAUUACUCAUGAAUACCUUUGUGUCACCUGUUAAACAGCUCUUGUAAAUGAUGCCUUUAUGCCAUCUGUAAUACAGCUCUUGUAAAUUGUUUAAAUUAUUUUUCUUUUUAUAGAUUCUCAUUAUUGAAUGUACAGAUUAGAUCCCUUUAAUAUGUCACUGAGCAAUUUGAUUUGGGCCCAAAUAUGGACAAUGCUGUAAUUCAUCCCAUCAAAACUGUAAAUAAUUCUUUACUGCUUGUUUGCAUGAGUGAAGUUUGGAUUUCAUUUGCUUUGUCAUAAACCAACUCCUCUGUCAUGGGCCUACUUUUUACAGUUUAUUUUCCUGGUUUUAUUGCCAUUUGUUCCGUACAAAUGUUGAAACAGUACUUUGUCUUUUCCUAAUAAAUAAUUUGAGAUUGUUCA